GGUCCUGCUUGCACUCACGGUUAAGUGAACCUGACAGGUUCCAGUAGCUCCGUUGCCGAUACCGACUGAAUUUUCACCUUUUUUACCAUUCAGGGAUUAAUGGCUCGGAUGAAUGCACCAACAAUAGCCCCCUGGAAAACGGAAUUCCAACUUUGAUUACAUGGAGUCAAGGAGGAAAUGAGGUCAUUUCUGGAGGGAUCAUGGGAUAACUGGACAUCAAGGAUUAUUGUUGAUGGGGUGCCGAGACAUGUGUCUGAACUACCUCAUGUGACUGAUGAAAGAGGGCAGGUGACCGACCUCCUUCAUAUCCAUGCCAACUAUGCAAUUUCUUCUAGCACCUGUGCUGUUGGUUGGAUGAUGUUUACGGAAGAAUAGAUGUCUUCCCGCAGCACUUCACGCCCAAGAAAGAGCCCAUGGAGGCAUGGACGCUGCCGAUGGUCUGUCCACAAGUAAGAGCAACAUGGAUCCGUCACCAAGUCCACGCAGGCGUUCUUGGACCCCGAAACGAGUCAAGGGAGCUUCGUCGCUUCUGCAACUGUUGUCUAUUCCUCGCAUUAGGUGGUCUUCCAGCAACAAGGAUGACGACAAGAUUGAAUUGACAAGAGCUGAAGUAGAAUCAUUACGAAGCGAAAUUGCCGAUGCCGAUGAAAGGGAGUCCCAGCUAAAAGCCCGGUUAGAAAAUAUUGACGAAGUCUUGAGAUAUGCAUUCCUUUCCAGGUACCUCCAUGUCAGAAGUAGAUGGACUCAACUUCCUGGGGAGCCACCUAUCAUAGACGACGCCGAUGUCGAUGACUGGCUUCCUCGCUUUGUUGUCCUACAAGCAGUGUUUAUACUACUAUCUGAAGUCUACAGACCUGAGCCCGCAGGAAUCGCUGCUGCUGCGCGACGUGGAACCCACGUCCUACCCCGACGACGGCGGUCGACCACAACCUCCCUCUCAGGGGCUUACACCGUUGCGGUUCCUCAGGACUCGGAAGGAGGAGCGUGGGCCGUAGAGACGGAAGAGGAGGCUGAGACAGCCGCGGUGCCUGCUGCAGCGACCAUGGCCACUACAUCGAAAAGAAAGGUUAAUAAUAUCCAUGGUGCUUUUCAUUGGGAUGCUGAUGGUUUAAAGGUAUUAGGUUCCCGGUAUUUUAAGCGCGAAAAAAUGAUCAACUAUUACCCGUCGCCGUAUCGUCCUUGGCGGUAUCGCCAGAUCAGCAGAUCUGGAAGUCUUGAUGCCAGGAGCGAGGAGGCUGCGCCGUGA